GGAUGCCGCGUCCUGCAGACAGGUGAAGCGCUCUGAUUGGCUGGCGGGAGGCAUGAUGCCACCGGGCAGCUCUUUUUAAGAGAGAAGCCAGAACCGCGGAGCAGGACCCAGCGGUGCUCGGUGCUGAGCGGCGGCGGGACGGGCUCGGAGCUGAGGCCAACAUGAGCGAGCGACAAGGAACCGGGGCAACCAACGGAAAAGACAAGACAUCGGGAGAAAAUGACGGGGAGAAGAAAGUCCAGGAGGAGUUUGACAUCGACAUGGACGCGCCAGAGACAGAGCGCGCAGCUGUGGCCAUCCAGUCUCAGUUCAGAAAGUUCCAGAAGAAGAAGGCUGGGUCCCAGUCCUAGCGGGGCCCCUUCCCGGCCCGGCCGAGACACUGAGUCUUCCACUAACAGCAGUGCCGCACAGAGUCCGCACCCCGCGCUGCACCCCAAGAUGCAUGCACAGAGACCCGCAGCCUCCCAGGCGGGCGGAGCAGCUUAGUCUCCGUGUCCACCCCUCCCCGCGAUGACUGUCCCUGACGUUGUAAUAAAAGGAGCUAAGACCGAG